GGAAAACAGAAGUAGGAUGAUAACUUGCUUAGUGGCUGGCCUGGAGAAAGCAGCCUAUCACAAUGUAAAUUAUGACAAAUUAAACCACAUUACCCAAAGGCCCAAUGAAAACCCAGCCGAAUUUCUGGAACGCCUCACAGUGGCGCUCCAACGCUAUACUAAGCUGGACCCAGAGUCAGCAGAGGCCAAGGUGGUUCUUAAUACUCAUUUUAUUGCCCAAUCAGCCCCUGAUAUUAGGAAAAGGUUAAAAAAAGCUGAGGAUGGUCCUCAAACCCCUCAAAGAGAGCUGGUGAAAAUGGCAUUUAAGGUUUUUAAUAAUCGGGAAGAGAAAAAGAUUGCCCAUAAGAGGGAAAACUAUGAAAUCCUGGCUGCUGCCAUCCGGAGAAGAGGCACCCGACGUAAGCCCCCUGGACCAUGCUUCAAGUGCGGACAAGAAGGCCACUGGGCAAAAGCCUGUCCUUCACCACAACCACCACCUGGACCCUGCCCAAGGUGUGGCCAAAAGGGACACUGGGGAGUCGACUGUCCCUCCACAAGGAGCCUCCCAGGAAGCAAAGGGAUGGUGGUACCUAGAAGAACGAGUUAUUCUUCCUGAGACACGAGCAGACAGCUUUCUUUCCCAGCCCCUGCCUCAAGAGACUUCCUCCAGACUUCCAUCUAAGGACUCAUGUCUACCAAGGGACAGAUGCUGCUUGCUACCUUCUCUGGGAGAGGCCUGCAUUUCUGCCUUUUACCCCUAACAUCGACGCCCCGUGACAGCAGGAAGUAGUCAAAGAGAAUCUGCGCCCUAUUUCAUAAUUAUUAAAAGGCUGGAAUGCAAGAGGGAAAGAAAGGAAUUAUAGAUGGGAAUGGGUAAAGGACUUGCAUUCCUCACUUCUA